GCAACAUCACCGUUGUCGCUGCAUUCUCUACGACUUUUUCGGUGGUGGUGUCAACAUCCACGAGCCGAAGAUGGGGAGACGUCCCGCAAGAUGUUAUCGUUAUUGUAAAAACAAACCGUAUCCAAAAUCGAGAUUUUGUCGUGGUGUCCCAGACCCGAAAAUCCGCAUUUUCGACUUGGGCAAAAAGAAAGCGGCAGUCGAUGAUUUCCCUCUUUGCGUUCAUUUAGUUUCUGACGAAUAUGAACAGCUUAGUUCUGAAGCUUUGGAAGCCGGGCGUAUUUGUGCCAACAAAUACUUGGUUAAGAAUUGUGGUAAAGAUCAAUUCCACAUCAGAAUGAGGUUGCAUCCUUUCCAUGUUAUUCGUAUCAAUAAAAUGUUAUCAUGUGCUGGAGCUGAUAGGCUCCAAACUGGAAUGAGAGGUGCUUAUGGAAAACCACAAGGCACAGUUGCUCGCGUUCAUAUUGGACAACCAAUUAUGAGCGUACGAUCGAGUGAUAGAUUCAAGGCUCAAGUUAUUGAAGCUUUGAGGAGAGCCAAGUUCAAGUUCCCCGGUCGUCAAAAGAUUUAUGUUUCAAAAAAAUGGGGAUUUACCAAGUAUGAAAGAGACACAUAUGAAGAUUUGAAGAAUAAUGGUAGAUUAGCUCCAGAUGGCUGCAAUGUUCAAUACAGACCAGAACAUGGACCAUUGGCUGCUUGGAAGAAAGUUCAAGACGAAAUUUAUGGUUAAUUUCUUUGUAUGAAGUUAAAUUAAUAAAAAAAAUAAUGGCAA